UAAGACCCUCUGACGCGAGCGCGUCACGUGGGUUAAAGUUUAAUCCCGCGAGGUAACGACGAUCAUGCUCGGCACCUUGGGCAAAAGUCGCGCUAUCGUGUCACAAACGCGCGCGUGGCUUGCGAACCGCGAGAUAAAGUUGCGUCAGACGUCCCUACGUCGGUUCUCCAACGAGCAGAAGAGACGUCUCAAAGCUGAGCAGAAGGCUAAGGAGAAGGCUAUAAAGGAGGAGGCUAAGGAACUUGUAGCAGCUAUCAACAAGAAUCAGAGUUCUAAGAAGAAUGAGAUCAAGGAGAGGAAGGAGGAAAAUAUUAGUCCAAAUGAAUAUUUCAAGCUCCGAUCGAAUAUCGUCAGUCUACUCAAAACCGCCGAUCAACCUUACCCGCAUAAAUUCGAUGUGUCGAUUUCUCUCACAAACUUUAUCGAAGAGUAUAGCAAGAAACUUAAGAAUGGUGAACAAAUGAAGGACACGAUAGAAAGUGUCGCUGGACGUGUCCAUGCUAUUCGAGAAUCCGGUUCAAAAUUGGUUUUCUAUGACCUUCGAGGAGAGGGUGUCAAAUUGCAAAUAAUGGCCAAUGCAAAACUGUAUCAAUGUCAGGAUCUAUUUGUAAGAGAUACAGCCAAAAUCAAGAGAGGCGAUAUUAUAGGCGUUAUCGGCUAUCCUGCCAAAAGUAAAACGGGCGAAUUUUCGAUUAUACCAUCUUCAAUUAUUCUUUUGAGUCCAUGUUUGCAUAUGUUGCCACAUCUUCACUAUGGUCUAAAAGACAGGGAAACGAGAUUCCGACAACGGUAUCUGGAUCUUAUAUUGAAUGACAAAGUUCGACGAAUCUUUCACAUACGCGCGCGGAUAAUCGCUUACAUACGUAAGUUUCUGGAUAAUAUGGGCUUCCUGGAAGUUGAGACUCCUAUGAUGAACAUGAUCCCUGGAGGCGCGACUGCCAAACCCUUUAUUACGCAUCAUAACGAACUCAACAAGGAUUUGUACAUGAGAAUAGCUCCAGAAUUAUAUCUCAAGAUGUUAGUCGUCGGUGGACUCGACAGAGUUUACGAGAUUGGUAGACAGUUCAGGAAUGAGGGUAUCGACUUGACCCACAACCCUGAAUUUACCACCUGCGAAUUUUAUAUAGCAUAUGCGGACUAUAAUGAUCUCAUGGAGAUUACGGAGAAUAUGAUAUCAGGCAUGGUGAAAGCCAUACAUGGAAGUUGGAAGAUAGAGUAUAAUACCAAUGAAGGCUCAACACUUACGCUCGACUUUACACCUCCCUUUAAGCGCAUUUCAAUGAUGGAGGAAUUGGAGAGGAUUCUUGAUGUCAAGUUGCCAGCAGCAGAUCAGCUUAAUAUACCAGAGGCAAAUAAGAUUUUGAGCGAUCUCUGUGAUCAUCAUAAGAUCGAAUGUCCUCCUCCUAAAACAUCAGCGAGAUUAUUAGACAAACUUGUUGGUUCAUUUAUUGAAGAUUCCAUCAUUAAUCCUACAUUCAUCAUUGAUCAUCCGCAAGUGAUGUCUCCCUUAGCAAAAUGGCAUCGAUCCAAGAAAGGUCUUACAGAACGAUUUGAACUAUUUGUUGGAACGAAAGAAAUUUGCAAUGCGUACACCGAAUUGAAUGAUCCAUUCAUUCAAAGAGAAAGAUUCGAGCAGCAAGCGAUGGAUAAAGCGGCCGGUGAUGAAGAGGCGCAAUUGGUUGACGAAACUUUCUGUACUGCUUUGGAAUAUGGUUUACCACCAACGGCAGGUUGGGGAUUAGGUAUCGAUCGAUUAACAAUGUUCCUCACCGAUACGAACAAUAUUAAAGAAGUAUUGCUCUUCCCUCACAUGAAACCAGACGAAAAUCCAAAUAAAAAUAAAGAGAUUGUUGAGGAUGAUAAAGCAUUAAGUGAUAAUGGGGAAAAAUAAAAUAAAAGAUAACUGCGGCUUAUACACAAAAAAUAUAUAUAUAUAUAUACAAUAUAUAUAUUUUUUAAUUUUAAAUUAAACUGCAUUGAAGAUAUAUAAACAGUGUUUUUCUUUCUUGUGUAUAUUAUAUUUAUUUGAUGCCCGACUACAGAACACUCAUUAUACAAACGAAUAUAUAUUUACAAAAUCGCAAGAA